CCCAACUACCCGCCACAGCUUCAUACACACUUCUCUUAACUUCUGUUUAUCAUGAGCUGGAAGCAUGUGCGAUGCCUGGUCACUGGACUCUCGCAUCGCAAUCAUUCCUACUACAGCACGAGCUCUGGUGUGAUCAAAUCUGAUUAUCCCCCAGUGCCUAUUCCAAGGUUGUCCUUCCCAGCAAGUGUGCUUGCAGCAAUAAAUGAACACUCUCUUGAAAAUAGAACGGCUUUCAUCUGUCCUGAGAUUGACAAGGAAGUGAAAUACAAGACAAUCUCUGAUUCGACCUUUGCAUUUGCUACAUUUCUCAGCAAGAACAAUUUCCAUGAGAAGGAUGUUGCAUCGUCAGUAUUGCCAAAUCAUCCCGAUUUUCCUUCGAUGUUUUUGGGGGUGACAUUGAAUGGUGGAAUUAUGACUUCUCUCAGCCCGCUUUCCACUGAAUAUGAACUACAACGUCAUUUUACGGACUCUACAGCAAAACUAGUGAUCACCAACCAGCAGGCUUUGAACAAGGUAUUGAAAGCCGUGCAGCAGUGUGGUAACAUCAAGACAAUAAUCUGCUUGGACGACGGAUCAUCCACUUCGCUUCCUUCUGGAAUACAAAGCUGGAACAACGUGCUGGAAACAGCUCCCGAAUAUAAUAUUAGACUUCCAACAGUUGACUUUGAACGCGACGUAGUCUACAUGCCAUACUCAAGUGGUACGACUGGAGAUCCAAAAGGAGUUCUACUGACACACAAGAAUUACAUCGCUAUGACCAAUAUUUUCAGAGGGUAUGACAACUUCUUCUUGACGGGAGCGUUGAACCCUCCCCAUGAUAAAGUAAAUGAGAAGCAAAUACUGUUAAUCCCGUUCUAUCAUUGUUUUGGCUUCUGUAUGAUGAUGAUGUCAAUCUUGAACGGCUGCACCGCAGUGCUGUUGUCGCAUUUUGAGCCAGACACAUUUUGCUCAGCGAUUCAAAAUCAUCGGGUGCGAUGGAUCAUUACAGCUCCACCUAUACUGGAUUUCCUUGCGAGGAGCCCGAUUUGUGCGAACUACGACCUCUCCAGCCUUGAAGCGUUACUUGUCGGAGCAGCGCCUACACCCAGACAUAUUUGCGAGGAACUCCUUCAGAAGUAUGAAAACCUUAAGUUCGUACAACAAGGGUAUGGUAUGUCCGAAUUAUGCUUGUCGUCACAUAUAGCAGAUUUGCUCAAUGGUCAGCCUCCUGGAAGUGUUGGGAAAGUCCUGCCGAAUUUGGAAGCGAAGAUUGUAGAUCCGGACACUGGUGACAUAAAGGGGCGUGGUGAAGUAGGAGAGAUUUGCAUUCGUGGUCCCACUGUUAUGCUUGGAUACCAUCACAGACCGGAAAUGACGCAGCACUGUAUCAGGGAUGGUUGGAUGCAUACCGGUGACAUUGGCUAUGUCGAUGACAAAGGGUACUUAUUCAUUGUAGAUCGCAUGAAAGAGCUUAUCAAAGUCAAGGGGUUCCAGGUGCCACCCGCUGAAUUAGAGCUAAUUCUGUGCGAGCAUCCAGCGAUAAGCGAAGCAGUUGUGGUUGGUAUUCCACAUGAGAGGAAGGGUGAAGUACCAAAGGCUUACGUGGUUCGACAAUCACCCAACCUUUCCGAAGAUGAAGUGAAAGCUUACGUUGCCGAAAGACUGUCUCCUCACAAGCACUUGGUCGGCGGCGUAGAAUUCGUAGAAGAAAUUCCGAAGAACUUAUUGGGAAAACCUAUGAGACGCGUUUUACGAGACCGAAACAAAAACUCAUAGGGCAGUUGUCACAAAAUUUGACGGUCGUUCUAAAAAUUUCAUUUCGAAU